UUAAAUGUGAAAUUGUAAGUCUUUGGAUAAAGAGCAAAGAACUCACAUGAUGAUAUAAAUCAAUAUUCCCUAGAUUGGACUGGAAGAAAAGGUUGGAAAUGUAAAUAUUUGGGUUCCAUCUAUAGUAGAGAUUCCACGUGUGCCCACUAGCGCUCGCUAAUCAAAACCUCUUUCUGUAGUGGCAAAGAAGUAGGUAUUCUUUAUCUGAGUGUAAAGGAAAGGUGUGGCUCCUCCCCGCAUUUUUUUUCCUGGUGGUAGUUUUAUAUUAAGUAAAGAAGAGUGGGUUGUUAUUACGUUAGCCUGCUGAGUGUGUUGAAUCGGGCAACGAAGUAAAGCAAACUGGUUCUCACAAUGGUGAAAAUGUUUGGAGGAAACAAAAUCCUCAUUUACCUCUGAGUUUGGGUUUUGACAGGCUACCACCGGAAGUGAAAGCAGCAGAGAGAAAAGUGCACCUAAUGGUAGGCUGCAGAGACAGAGGAAGAACUUCGUUUAACCAGCAAAUUCCCUUUCGCUAGAGAACACUCAUGGAAGAAGAAUGUCACAAAAGCUGCUGAAAGAAGCCUUUAUCAGUAACUUAAAUGGAACAAGUGUGCUGGAAAUUUCAAUAGGUUUAACGCUAGCUCCACUAUGUAUAGCUUGCAGAGGUUUGCUAUUAAUUUUGUAUUAUCUGCACAAUGGAACAGCUUUACAUUCAAGGAAAUAUCAUCUAUUACUAGACUUUACAGUGCUAGUAGCUCCUUUUGUGAUCAUUUGCACUGUUUUGUCCCCUGUCUUCCCUCUUUUGCCAAUAACUGUGGGGGCCAUCUGUGUGGGAUUGUUCUAUAAAAUAUACAACCAACGAAACUGUUGUAUCAGGACUCCUCUUAAGCAAAUCGUACAUGAUUUCUUGAAGACAAACUUAGAACCAAACUACAUUCCAUCAAUAACUGUGUUUCGUGUUUAUAUCAACAUAUUAACUGCGAUAAACAUUCUAGCAGUGGAUUUUCCACAGUACCCCAGACGGUAUGCUAAAACUGAGAACUAUGGAACUGGUGCUAUGGAUUUUGGAGUAGGAGCUUUUAUUUUUGGUAAUGCUCUCGUUUGUCCUGAAGUUAGACAAAAACCAAGUAUGGUGCAAUCCAAAUUCUCCUGUUUGGCUAAACAGGUGUUAUCUGUUUGGCCGUUAGUUCUUCUUGGCUUGGGACGACUGAUCAGUGUUAAAUCUGUGGAGUAUCAUGAACAUUUUUCAGAGUACGGUGUGCACUGGAAUUUUUUUUUCACUUUAGCAGUUGUGAGACUGACAGCAUCACUAGUUUUAACUCUAUUUCCAGCCAACAAAUCAUGGAUUGUUGGUAUGUUUCUUGCUGUAUUUUAUCAGCUUAUUCUUGACACUACCCAUCUAAAGAUGUUUGUUUUAUAUGGGAGUGAUGGCAAAGAUACAAGAGUUGGAUUUUUAAAUGCUAACAGAGAAGGGGUGUUCUCUCUUCUUGGUUAUCUGGCUAUCUAUAUGGCUAGUGUGCAAGUGGGGUUAUAUUUAUUAAAGAGAAGAACUUUAGUCAAGGAUUGGAUUGAAGUAAUAUGUUUCUUUCUGCUGACAACUUUUAUACUCUUUCUAUUUCUUUAUAUGUCUCAAGUUUAUAUAGACCCUGUGUCCCGCAGAAUAGCUAAUCUGUCCUUUUGCAUCUGGACAGUUGCUCAGUGCCUGACAUUUUUCAUCUGGUUUUUAGUGACUGAUCUUAUUUUGGUGUUUACAAAACUUCUGGUAAAUGGAUCUAGAGUUCCUUGCUGUUGGAAUUUUACACAACCACCUAAUACAAAUACAAAGCAUGAGUUGGAGCCCACAUCUAUCAAAAGAAAGGGGCUAAGUAUUUGCAUAAUUAAUGCUAUUGAUAGAAAUCAGUUAGUUUUUUUCUUGCUAGCAAAUGUUAUGACUGGCAUAGUGAAUAUGACAUUAGAUACAAUCCACAGCAAUACCCCAUUUACCUUAUUUGUGCUACACUUGUAUAUGUUUACUAACUGUCUGUUUAUGUAUACAUUGCAUGCAAAAAAUAUAACAUUAAAAUGGUGGUGACUUGAUUUCUAAUACUUUGUAUCUUAGGUGCUCAAGUAAAAUGUAUGUUUUGUUAAACAUUGUUAGCCAUGCUUAAAUGAUUGUUUUAAUGGAAAAUACAAAUGUUGUCUUAGAUUUCUUUUUGUGCAGACACAUUAUUGGUAGUAUACUGCGUAUUUAUGAUUUAUAUCUAGGCUUGACAGGAUUCUUUUGUACAAAUAAAUAAAUAAAAAUUGACCGCUAAUAUAUUAGUGUUUGUUUUUAAGCAUUUUUCCUACGAUUACCAAUUUAAAUCUUCAGUUGUGCAAAAUUAUUGGUUUUAAACACUUUUUGUAUUUUUAUCUAUUUAAAUGUUCACAGUUGUGGGAAAUCAUGGCGAUUAGGCACUGGGGAAGAUCAGACCAUUUAAUGAUAGUAGACCUUGAGAUUCAAGAUGUUAAAGCUUUAUAGCCAUUAAUGCACACAUUUUAAACAUAACAUGGGAAUAUACUAGGCAAAUUUCCUUAAAUCAAAGUCUUUAAGUUUUCAAAUUCCAUUUUUCUUACUAUGCUUAUCUGUAAAUUUCUAUUAUUGCUGGAAAUAUUCGUUGAUUUGUUUGGUGAUAGUGAAAUUGGCAUUUACUGCCAUCUAUUUGAAAAAAAAAUCCUAAUACUUUCAAGCCUAUAUUUACCAAAUCAUAUCCUCACCCAGCAGGUGGCG